CCCAACUACAAGCCGCUAGCUUCAUCAUGAGGACUAUUGCGUGUGUGCUUCUGGCAGUUGCCGGAAUGACUGCUGCACAAUCCCCGACUAGGGCUGAUCCUGGUUUUGGUACCUCUGCUACUGCGUCUUCAACUCCCACUGCUACUACGUCUGUUGCAGGUAAUGCACCUCCUCAGGCUCCUGGGAAGAACAACUAUGGUCCACGUUUCUUUGGUCCCGGCAUCACCAAUCCUCUAGGGCGCCCCAUUAACCCCAUGGUGGUACAGCACGCCCAGAAAGUUCUCGCCAUGCGCCCCGAUCUCAAAGUGUACGUCGACUUCGAUGGUCAGAUGCAUUUCACUAACCAAUACGGCAUUGAGGUUGACGAGAUCCUUGAUGAGUUCGGCCGCGAUUUGAGCGAACUCUUGGAUGUUCAGGAGCAGCAGGAGCGCCUCUUCCAUGCCCAGCGCCAGCAGCAGGCUCCCUUCAAUGCCCAAAACGAGCAGCAGGCUCCCUUCAAUACCCAACACCAGCAUCAGGUUUCCUUCAAUGCCCAGUCCCAGCAGCAGGUUCCCUUUAAUCCCCAGCCACAGCAGCAAGUUCCCUUUAAUCCCCAGCCACAGCAGCAAGUUCCCUUUAAUCCCCAGCCACAGCAGCCAGUACCCUUCACUGCCCAACACCAGCCACAGGCUCCUUUCAAUAUCCAGCACCAGGAGCAGUUCAUUCAGAGGGCUCCCAACAGUGGUUCUGAGCAGGAGCUUGCCAGUGCUUUUCUCAACAAAGAAUUUGAACGCCGUCACAAAAUGCUGGAGCAACAGUUACUUCAGGAGUAUCGGACCAAUCCUGCAGCUUUUACCUCGCCUGUUCGAACAAAUGGGGGUGGGCUGGACGGCAGAACUCAGACACAAGCAGGUCGGAGAGUUAGUGCGUAAAGUUUACUUAAACCCCUGACACCUGCCUCACUAGUGUUGUACCUUGUCCCCUAGGAGCAUACUUCCUGUCUCCCUACCUCUCAAGGACUCUGAUUGCCUAAGAUACCUGAUUCUUCCUAUUCCUGAACUCCUCCCCUACCUACACCUUUCUCCCUCUUAUCUUUGUGUUAUUUUACCGCCAAGUCUUGCACUAACUCUCUCUACUACCGGAUGCUACACCUGUCCUCGACACUACAUGUCCCAUACAAUUAUACAAGUAAACUUUAAGUCUGCUCAAAUUCACUGUUACAUUGGAAUUUGUAUUUUUCGUAUUAAAAAAUACAUAAGA